AGAAGAAGCAGCGGGGUGGGCUAUCAGUGUCCAGACGCGUGGCUGGCCUCCCUCGUGGCCCAACUGUGGAAAGGGAGUCCCAGAGAGGGCAGGUCACUUGCCCAAGGUCACGCAGGAGACCGAGGGUUUCCGUCGCGAACCCCCUCCCCAUUCGCUCGGGGCCCUCCAAUCCGCAGCUCUGCGUGCGGGGGCGCGCGCAUCCCCCAGCCGUCCGUCCGUCAGCCGGUCUGUCUGGGUGUCUACGCGGGUGCAGCCGUGCACCCUUCCUUAGCCUCGGGCGCUGCGCAGGGAGAGACAAGGCGUUUGCAGCGCCUUGCCCGCGCUCCACGACCGCAGCCGCCAGACGGCAACGCCUGCGUCCGUGCCCGCCCCAGCCGGUGCGCGGGAGCCGCGGGGGCAAAGGCGCAGCGGCCCGCGGACCAUCUCUUGCGCGCUCGCUCUCUGCACUCUGCUCCGGAGCAGCUGAGCUGCCAAGCCCCAGCCACCCGCCCUCCAAGAUGAAGAAGCUCCAGAGAGCUCACCUCCGAAAGCCUGUCACCCCAGACCUGCUGAUGACCCCCAGUGACCAGGGUGAUGUCGACCUGGACAUGGACUUUGCUGCAGACAGGGGGAACUGGACUGGCAAGCUGGACUUCCUGCUGUCCUGCAUUGGCUACUGUGUGGGCCUGGGGAACGUCUGGCGCUUCCCCUAUCGAGCCUACACCAACGGAGGAGGUGCCUUCCUUGUGCCCUACUUCCUCAUGCUGGCCAUCUGUGGCAUCCCCCUCUUCUUCCUGGAGCUCUCUCUGGGCCAGUUCUCCAGCCUAGGGCCCCUGGCCGUCUGGAAAAUCAGCCCCCUCUUCAAAGGCGCCGGCGCAGCCAUGCUGCUCAUCGUGGGCCUGGUGGCCAUCUACUACAAUAUGAUCAUCGCCUACGUGCUCUUCUACCUCUUCGCCUCCCUCACCAGCGACCUGCCCUGGGAGCACUGUGGCAACUGGUGGAACACAGAGCUCUGCCUGGAGCACAGAGGCUCCAAGGACGGCAAUGGGGCCCUGCCCCUCAACCUCACCUACACCGUCAGCCCCAGCGAGGAGUACUGGAGCCGCUAUGUCCUCCACAUCCAAGGCAGCCAGGGCAUUGGCAGCCCUGGGGAGAUCCGCUGGAACCUCUGCCUAUGCCUGCUGCUGGCCUGGGUCAUCGUGUUCCUCUGUAUCCUCAAGGGUGUGAAGUCUUCAGGCAAGGUGGUGUAUUUCACGGCCACGUUCCCCUACCUCAUCCUGCUCAUGCUGCUGGUCCGCGGAGUCACCCUCCCAGGGGCCUGGAAGGGCAUCCAGUUCUAUCUCACCCCCCAGUUCCAUCACCUGUUGUCUUCCAAGGUGUGGAUUGAAGCUGCUCUUCAGAUCUUCUAUUCCCUGGGUGUGGGCUUCGGGGGGCUCCUCACCUUUGCCUCCUACAACACGUUUCACCAGAACAUCUAUAGAGACACUUUCAUCGUCACUCUGGGCAACGCCAUCACCAGCAUCCUGGCUGGCUUUGCCAUCUUCUCCGUGCUGGGCUACAUGUCUCAGGAGCUGGGCGUGCCUGUGGACCAAGUAGCCAAAGCAGGCCCUGGCCUGGCCUUUGUCGUUUACCCGCAGGCCAUGACCAUGCUGCCUCUGUCGCCCUUCUGGUCCUUCCUCUUCUUCUUCAUGCUUCUGACUCUCGGCCUGGACAGCCAGUUUGCUUUUCUGGAGACCAUUGUGACAGCUGUGACGGAUGAGUUCCCGUACUACCUGCGGCCUAAGAAGGCGGUGUUCUCAGGGCUCAUCUGCAUGGCUAUGUACCUGAUGGGGCUGAUCCUCACCACUGAUGGGGGCAUGUACUGGCUGGUUCUUUUGGAUGACUACAGCGCCAGCUUUGGGCUGAUGGUGGUGGUGAUUACCACAUGCCUCGCCGUGACGCGGGUGUAUGGCAUUCAGAGGUUCUGCCGAGACAUCCACAUGAUGCUGGGCUUCAAGCCGGGCUUCUAUUUCAGGGCCUGCUGGCUGUUCCUGUCCCCAGCCACGCUCUUGGCCCUGCUGGUGUAUAGCAUCGUCAAGUACCAGCCCUCGGAGUAUGGCAGCUACCGCUUCCCACCCUGGGCUGAGCUGCUGGGUAUCCUGAUGGGCCUGCUGUCCUGCCUCAUGAUCCCAGCUGGCAUGCUGGUGGCUGUGCUCCGAGAAGAGGGCUCACUCUGGGAGCGGCUCCAACAGGCCAGCCGGCCAGCCAUGGACUGGGGGCCAUCGCUGGAGGAGAACCGGACGGGCAUGUAUGUGGCCACACUGGCUGGGAGCCAGUCACCGAAGCCACUGAUGGUGCACAUGCGCAAGUACGGGGGCAUCACCAGCUUUGAGAACACGGCCAUUGAGGUGGACCGCGAGAUCGCAGAGGAGGAGGAGUCCAUGAUGUGAGGGAGGAGGCAGGUGGGCAGGAGGCCCUGCCCAGGACCUCACAGUCCUGUCUUAGAAGCCUGCAAAGGCCAGCUGUGCCCUCUGGGAUUCUGAGAGGCUGUGGGAGGUUGCCAUAGGGAUACCAGUCCACCAGUGGAAGUUUCUCCUGCAGCCUCUGCCUCUCCUGAAACCUCAGACAACCCCCUACACACACACAGACAUACUCAGACCCAUCAAAGCUGAGAAUGAUCCAGCUCAGCCCUACUUUGCAGAUGGACAUACUGAGACCAGGAGGGGAGGGACUUGCCCCAGGUCACGUGGCAGAGGGGACUUAACCCCACACCUCCUGACCAGCCAGCUCCCUUUCCCAUGGGGCAGCUGGCACCACCUUCUCAUCUCUUUUCAGGGCCUACACUCCUCCCUUUUUGGGGGAAGCCUGUCCCCACACACCUCAGCACAACCAGAAUCUUGAGCUGGGCAGGGAGGGUCAGGGCCACAGAGGUUCUCAACGCUCCGAGGCCCUGGGGAUCAAGGGUCAGUGAGUUAGAUAGGGAGAAAGAUCCCUUGGGGCUCCCGUGUGCCGGCCUCCUGAAGGAGGUGGGAGCUCAGGGCCCUGGAGGAUGGGGAAGGUUUGCAGAGAGAGGAAGAAGAGGGCAGGGUGAGGAGGGGCUCUGGGCCAAAGGAUGCUGAGCUGCCUGGGCAGAGACCAAGAGGGUUGGAGACACUGGUUUUACCAGAUUACAGGAGGGUUCAAGCCAGAAGGAAAACUAACAGGGGGAGCCAGGGCUGGUGGGGUGGGCAGGGAUUUGCAUGAUGAAGAAUAUCAUUCCGGGUCUAUGCACGGGGGAUCGGAGGGGACAGGGUGGAGCGGGGAGGCCUGUGAAGAGUGGGAAAGAGGUGCUGGUGGCCUGAGCCAGAGUGCUGGGGCUGCGGGUGGGGAAAGGAGGCCCCAGCACUUCAAAGAAGGCCACCCCUUCACCCACUGGACCCCAAGCUGCACAAGCUGGGGAGGUAGGAAGGGUCACUGUUAGGGCCCAGGGCCCCUCUCUUCCCAUCUCCCUUGUCCUGGUGGCCUUCAGUGUCUCCUCCAGUUCCAGGAGCUACAGGGAAGCUGGCCUUGGUUAUUGGUGACAGGACAACCAUGAGGCUAGGAAGCAGCUCACACACAUGGCUGGCUAUUCACAAGGUCACCCACCCUGCUCCAGGACAUGGGCCCUGGGCCCAGCGUUGGGGUAGAGCCAGAGGGCAGAGGGUAGCCCUUGGUACCGUGAGUCCCUCAGGGAGGAGGGUGGGUGCAGAAAUGCCUCAGCAUGGCUCAUGCACACAGCAUUCUCCCUCCUGCAGGAGAGGGCUCCCCCAUGCAAGUGUGGCAGGCCUCUGUGCCUGUUUCCGGCUUUGUCCCCCCAUCCCCUUGUGUUCUGUUGGUUUAUUGUUAAUAAAAUGAGGUCAUGCUCCUCA